AUUGCUGAAGGGACAGAACUCUUAGAACAUUUCCGGUGCCGGUAAACAAAAAGUUUUCAUCAUGACUGCUAGAUACGACCGUGCAAUUACUGUUUUUUCCCCAGACGGGCAUUUAUUUCAAGUUGAAUACGCACAAGAAGCUGUAAAGAAAGGAUCUACAGCGGUCGGUGUUCGUGGCAAGGAUAUUGUUGUUCUUGGAGUUGAAAAGAAAGCUGUUGCUAAAUUACAGGAGGAUAGAACUGUUAGAAAAAUAGCUUUGUUAGAUGACCAUGUUGCUCUUGCAUUUGCAGGUAAGAAUUCAUUUUCAUUAAUAGAGCAAAAAGAAGUCAGAGUCACAAUAAAGGAAAUCCUUUUACUAAGAAAAAUAACCAGAUAUAUAGCACAACUUAAACAGAAAUAUACACAGAGUAAUGGAAGACGUCCAUUUGGUUUAUCUGCAUUGUUAAUAGGUUAUGAUGAUGGUCCACAUCUAUAUCAGACUGAUCCCUCAGGAACAUACCAUGAAUGGAAGGCAAAUGCUAUUGGAAGGAGUGCAAAGACAGUGAGAGAAUUCCUAGAGAAACAUUACACUGACGAAGUAGCAGGAGAUGAUAAAGAGUGUAUCAAACUUACAUUAAAAAGCCUUUUGCUCCAGAUAAGAAAACACCAUCAAAUAUUUGUUAUAUUUCAGAUGAUAGAUUCUGAUGAGAUAGACAAAUAUCUAGCUGAGAUAGAGAAAGAGAAGGAAGAAGAGGCUGAGAAGAAAAAGGCCAAGAAAUAGUUCAUGUGUUCUUUCAUUUUUCUCUCAUUUCUUACCAUGAAUCAUCACAUUAGUGCUAAACAACAGAAAAACAACAACAAAUGACAGUUUAAGACAAAUAUAUAUGACAGUGUCUUUAGUUAACUUAUUCUUUAUCACACAAAAAGUUAUACUUGAAGAUAUUCAUUCUUGUGGGCACAAAAUAUUGUUUUCAAAUUACAUGUGGUCUAUAAUAUUCAAAGUUGGGUGAAUGUAGUCAAAAAGUUCAUUAGUAAAAUGCAUUUGUCACAAUAAUUUUGAUUUUCAUUAUAAAUACUGUGAUUAUAUGAACAAAUGAUGCCAGGUUUACAAGUUUAAACCUAUGUUUUUUUGUU